GAAUACCGUAGCCGAUCGUUUCUACCGUGAUCAAAAUGGCGAGGGUGUUGGUGUUGGUUUUAUUGCUCGCCCAUUUAUCGUUUCGGGCGAUCGCAGCGCCUUGUCUGUUGUGCGGCGAUAUUGUCGGGGGCGCGUACGAGUCCGAUGAAGAAGACGAAGAUGACGACGCUACCGAAGCCCCAGACGCUAUCAAAGUGGCGCUGUCCGGAACCAUUAACCAGUUCGGGCCGGUACCUCAGAUCGGUGCGAUACCGGUCCGUCUGAUGGGAACACUAGAGGGCGUCCCCGCUUCUUUCCUAGACACCCCGUUGGAGAUAUCUGCUUCGUUGUCGCGUAACGGCGCGCCACCUAGCGGACAGUCACCGGCGGCAGCGCCGCCUCAACCGGUUCAACCGCCGCAGCCGCCGCAAACGGUGACUCAACCGGAAACCGAAGAGCAAUAAACAGUUUCUCAUUGAUGGGAAAAUCACCACCCAAAAUUGGGAUACACAUUUCAAAUUUACUGGUUUUAUAACAGUUUUUAAAAUAAUUUCAAUGCUUUAUAUAAAAAUACUGCUUCUGUCAAUAACAUCUAAAUAUAUGUAAGCAUGUCUGGUAUUUGAAUGAAUGACCU